AUGUCCUACGUUGACUCCUACCACAUGAGCUGGCUCAUACCAUCACUUUCAGUCCUCGGACUGCCUCAAGCGUCUGAUGCGUCUGCGCAUUUGGCCAAACCCAAAUUCACUCCACGCAUGGCCUACGCUACUGGGUGGCUCCAGGAUGAAUGGAGUGAAAUGCGCUCUGCAACCAGGCUGCCAUGCCGCGAAGUGGGAAAUUCAUCCCUGACAACCGACAGGAGACCCACAUCACAAUGCAACACAUGGCAACACCGCUGUGGCACGCUCUUCACUGAAAAAGAGCUAGGGGAGUUUUGA